CACAAGGCACAAUUCUCCUUCCAGUAUAUCAUUCCUGUUUUGCUGCCAUUUCCUUCGUACGGUUCUUGUUUUGCAUUUACACCGGAUUUAGAUCGAUACAUUCUGCGACAGCAGCUCAUUGAAAUGAUGCCCAUGGUGAGAGAGGUAAAUGCUAUCGCCAGCCGGUUGCAAAAACAUCGAACCUUCGAGAUCCUGCUUCUGCCGCCUCUCAUUCAGCAGGCUCUCUACGGUCAGGGCAAAACAACAAGAAUAAUGAUUCGCAUGAAAUGCGAUGUCACUGGACACGUGUGGAUCUGGGAGCGAGGAAAGUUCAUGAAUCGCCGCUUCCUGAUGCAGGAGAUGUUUCAAGAGUUUGAGAAUGAAGUUCCCACAUCUGAAAAGAAGGAGAAGAGGAUGAGCAUAAUGCAAGAGGAUGAUCCUUUCUGGGAACCUCUGGAAUCUCUUCUGGUGGGAUUUGUGCCCGUCUUUCUUCAAUCCCUGGCUUAUGGUCUGGACUUCAACGAUCGUCUGCAGAUAAGUGACCUGGAUGGCGCCGCAAUCGGUUGGCUUGACGUGGCUCUGCAGCCCUGCUUUCGGUCUGGCAAGCUCGCCAGCAGUGGUGACGAUUUCUUUGUGGACGAUCCCAAAGAACUCAUUGGAAAACCCUACUAUUUCAAGAUUGACCUAAAAGAUUUAGGUCUGUCGGGCCUGAAAACUCCUUUGCGGCCAACCUUGCGCUACAGGGUUUUUAAGGAAUCACGAGAAACCAUCAUUCAGAUAGCGGUUGCCGAUCAGGACGUUAUUAGCAUCAACCACUCCCGUCUGGUCACUUUCAAGAGGGUGGAAGCAGAGCAGUUGGAAUACUUUCAGAGCGGCUGCAUCACACUUUUGAUGUUCGUUGAACAGAGCGAAUCUCCACCUGCAAGUGCUGUUGAGGUACGCCUAAUUAAAUUAAAGGUGGAGGAUGUUGCCCAACACUCGACCGUAGGGGCUAAAGAGAUCGUUACUCAAAUAUUUUCUUGUGUUUAUAUAUUCGACCUCCAAAAAACAACGUUUAAGUAA